GGUGGCCGAAACAGAAUGGAACACGAGGUAAAUGCAAAGUACAAAAAUAUCACUAGAGAUAUUAUUAUGCUAUACUUAAAUAGUUGCGAAUCAUGUCAAAAAAAAGGAAGCACAGCCAAGAAAGGGCUGGUGGUAAAACCAAUUAUAUCUUCCGAGAUGAAUUCUCGCUAUCAAAUUGACCUAAUAGAUAUGCAAGCACAAUCGGAUGGUGAGUAUAAGUUUAUAUUGGUUUACCAGGACCACCUCACAAAAUACGUAAUACUUCGACCGUUAAAACACAAACGUGCUGAAAACGUAGCGUAUGUAUUAUUAGAUAUUUUCACAACAUUCGGAGCACCGUCAAUUUUACAAUCGGAUAAUGGUCGAGAAUUUGCAAAUAAAGUUGUAACUGAAAUAUGUGCGAUGUGGCCAGAACUUAAAAUAGUUCAUGGUAAACCUCGUCACUCACAGAGCCAGGGUUCAGUUGAACGAGCUAACCAGGACAUUGAAAAUAUGCUUGCUACUUGGUUGACAGAUAACCGUACUAAAAAAUGGAGUGAGGGGUUAAAAUUUAUCCAGUUUAUGAAAAACCGUUCAUUACACUCAGGAAUAAAAUGUUCACCUUACGAGGCUAUGUUCGGUACAAAAGCAAAAAUUGGAUUAAAGAGUACACUUCUGCCAAUAAAUAUAAUAAGCGAUUUAAGAACCGAAGAAGACCUCGAAACAGCUCUGAAUUCUAUUUCCACUACUUCUAACAGUAACAACGAUAUCGAAAAUACCGAAGGUAUAAAAUAAAAUAAUAAUAAUAAUAUUUCUUAUUGAGUAGGUAAUAUUAUAAAAAUUACUCUAUGUGUUUGUUUUAUUUUAGCUGUACCUUUAAGAAUAAAAUCAAACAGUAACAACGAUAUCGAAAAUACCGAAGCUGUACCUUUAAGAAUAAAAUCUAUUUGUGAGAGUAGAAAUGAAUCACUUAAAAAUUUAAAAGUUCAAGCGACAAAAAUGAAGCAAGCUUCCGAAAAUCGUUUCCGUCCCGGCGAAGUUGGUCAGUCAGUAACGGUUAAGAUUCCAGACGUCGAUAGGGCCCGUAGUGAUUUUAGAAAUAUUAUUGGAGUUAUUCUUUCGAGUACCUAUAAAUACUAUACUUUUAUUAUUAAUAUUCCAGAUAAACUAAUAAAAUUUGUUUUACAGUUAACAAUGACAUGUACGAAAUCGGGACUAAGGAAGGUCGCCUUUCAACUUUGUAUAGUAGAAACCAAUUUGUAAUUUGCAAGGAAAGAUUUCUGAAAGUCGAUGAUGUGCCACAAACCAAGAUUUCACUCCGAGAGACAGCACGGACAUUUUCUAAUUUGGGUGGUCAGGGCUACGACCGAUGUACGUGUGUACAAAAAUGUAAAACACGGAAGUGCAAGUGCAAAGCUGCGGAGAGACUAUGCACAUCAAAAUGCCACGGGAGUAGUGCAUGCGAUAAUAAGUAAUAAAUUGAUAAUAUUGAGUAUAAA